GAGAUAAAAAGUACAGCUGCCAGGAAUGUGAAGCUGCUUUUUCUCGCUCUGAUCACCUGAAGAUCCAUCUGAAGACCCACAGCUCCAGCAAACCGUUUAAAUGUUCUGUGUGUAAGCGUGGCUUCUCCUCCACCUCGUCCCUGCAGAGCCACAUGCAGGCUCAUCGUAAGAACAGGGAGCAUCUGGCACUGAGGAAUGAAAAAGAUGGAGGAAAGAAAGGAGUGGGAAUAGAUGGGGACCUGGACCAGGAUCUGUACAUGUGUGAUUACUGUGAGGAGACCUUCAGUCAGACUGAUGAGUUGGAGAAGCACGUCCAGACUCGUCACCCCCAGCUGUCGGACCGAGCUGACCUGCAGUGCAUCCACUGUCCUGAGAUCUUUCUGGACGAGGCUUCACUGCUGACACAUAUAGAAACGCAGCACGCCAACCGCAAACACAAAUGUCCCGUCUGCACAGAGCAGUUCACCUCUGUGGAAGAUGUUUACUGCCACCUGGACAGCCAUCGCCAGCCUGACUCCUCCAACCACAGCGCCGCCAGUCCAGAUCCUGCACUGGGAAGUGUGGCCUCCAUGAGCUCAGCUACUCCCGACUCCAGCGCCAGCCUGGAGAGAGGCUCUACCCCGGACUCCACCCUGAAGCCCAGCCAGGGUGCUGAACGAGGCCGCAGGAGAGGAGCUGACACCACGGACGACGUGGGGAUCAGCUUGGGCCAUCAGGGAGCAGGAGGGGCCUGGGCUAAAGUGACAUACUCCUGUCCUUACUGCUCUAAGAGAGACUUUCACAGUCUGGCUGUGUUGGAGAUCCAUCUGAAGACCAUCCAUGCUGAUAAGCCACAACAGAGCCAUACCUGUCAGCUGUGCUUGGAAACUCUGCCCACGCUCUACAAUCUCAACGAGCAUGUGCGUAAAGCCCACCGCUCCAGUGGAGGGAGCGUAGGUGCAGCAGGAGCUUUCCCUCUGCUCCAGUUCACCAACGUCACGGCCUUUCAUUGCAACUACUGCCCAGAUAUGUUCGGAGACAUCAACUCCCUGCAAGAGCACAUCAGAGUGUCCCACUGCCUGCCCGGGGGGAUCCUGGCUGGGUCCACCACAUUAGAGGGGAACCAUGCCUUCUUCUGCAACCAGUGUUCGAUGGGGUUCCUGACAGAGUCGUCUCUGACGGAACACAUUCAGCAGACCCACUGCCCCUCAGCUGCUGCAUCCGGGGGGUCCGUGGCCAAACUGGAGUCUCCUGUUCUCCAGGCUGCAUCUCAGUCCUUCAUGGAGGUUUACUCCUGCCCUUAUUGCACCAACUCUCCUAUCUUCGGCUCACUCCUCAAGCUCACCAAACAUAUAAAGGAGAACCACAAGAACAUCCCGCUGGCCAACAACAAACGGCAGGCCAAGGUGGCCGACCUCAGCCCCGCCUCCUCUGAUGUUGAGAUCUCCUCUCCAAAACGCCACAAGGCAGGAGGUGACUCCACCCCAUCUGUUGGAAGCAACGGGGAUUAUCCUUGCAACCAGUGUGACCUACGCUUUGCCACUUUUGAGGGUUUCCAGACGCACCUGAAGUCACACCUGGAGAUGUUGCUGAGGCGCCAGUCCUGCCCCCAGUGCAACAAGGAGGACUUUGAGUCGCAGGAAGCACUGCUUCAACACCUGACGGUGCACUACACCACCACGUCCACGCAGUACGUGUGUGAGAGCUGUGAUAAACAGUUCUCAUCUGUAGAUGACCUGCAGAAACACCUGCUGGACAUGCACACCUUUGUCCUGUACCACUGCACGCUCUGCCAGGAGGUCUUUGACUCCAAGGUUUCUAUCCAGGUGCAUUUAGCAGUGAAACACAGCAACGAGAAGAAGCUGUUCCGCUGCACCGCCUGUGCCUGGGACUUCAGGAAGGAAGCAGAUCUUCAGCUCCACGUUAAACACAACCACCUGGGCCAAAGGUUGGGCCUUCCAGGAGGCCUUGCAGGACUCAAACCCAGAAAGUGCAUCUUCUGUGGUGAAACGUUUGGAACCGAGGUGGAGCUGCAGUGUCACAUCACCACACACAGCAAGAAGUUUACGUGUCGCUUCUGUGGCAAAGCCUUCCACGCCAUCGCCCUGCUGGAGAGGCACCUGCGAGACAAACACUGCAUCUUCGAGGGGAACGGAGGUGGGACCGGGAGCGGCGGGAGUCAGAACGGGACCCCCAACGGUCUGGCUCAGACCUCCAAACGAGGAGGAGGAAACGGUGCAGGAGGAGCUGACAGAGCAACAGCUGCUGCUGUGGAGCAGGCAGACCUACAGAACCUCCUGCUGAAGAGCGGCGUUGUGGGGGGAGCCUCGUCCCAGGGGGGGGACGCAGCCAACAGUCAUGAGGCGAGCGGCGGAGAGGAGGAGCUGGACAACUCUGAGCCCAUGUACGCCUGUGACAUCUGCGGGGCGGCCUACACCAUGGAGUCCCUCCUGCAGAACCACAGGCUGCGGGACCACAACAUCCGGCCAGGAGAAGAUGAUGCAGGUUCCAGAAAGAAGAAGGCAGAUUUCAUUAAAGGAAACCACAAGUGCAAUGUGUGUUCCAGGACCUUCUUCUCUGAGAACGGUCUUCGUGAGCAUGCUCAGACGCACCGCGGCCCUGCCAAACAUUACAUGUGUCCCAUCUGUGGCGAGCGCUUCCCGUCUCUGCUGACCCUGACUGAACACAAGGUGACCCACAGUAAAAGCCUGGACACAGGAACCUGUCGGAUCUGUAAGAUGCCCCUGCAGAGUGAGGAGGAGUUUAUUGAGCACUGUCAGAUGCACCCUGACCUGCGCAACUCCCUGACUGGCUUCCGCUGCGUGGUCUGCAUGCAGACCGUCACCUCCACCCUGGAGCUGAAGAUCCACGGCACCUUCCACAUGCAGAAGCUUUCCAGCAGCUCGGUGCCGGGGGGAGCCGCAGGCAGCAACGUGGGAGCGGGCGGGGGCGGAGGCUCGGCCUCGUCCUCCCCCAACGGACAGCUGCAGCAGCACAAGAUGUAUAAAUGUGCUUUCUGCUUGAAGGAGUUCAAGAAUAAAGGAGAUCUGGUGAAGCUGGAUGUGAACGGGCUGCCGUACGGUCUGUGUGCUGCCUGUAUGAGCAGGGGAACAAACGGCCAGAGUCCCAGUGUGGGAGGAGCAGGCACACCUGCAGACACACAGCUGGAGAAGGCUGUGAACACGCUCAGGUGUCCAGAGUGUGGAGUCAAGUUUGAAAGCCUGGAGGACCUGGAGACUCACGUCCAGUCCGAUCACCCUGAGGUCAGCCCUGAAAGCAGCGCAGCGCUGAAGAAGGCGGAGUCUUCACCUGCUCCCAAG